UUGUUUUCAGGCACUGGUAAACUUCGAGCAAUUGGUAUUUCUAAUUACACAAUCGACCAUGUAAAAGAAUUACUUCAGAAAGCAUCAGUUUUGCCAGCUGUUAAUCAAUGCGAAUUCCAUCCGCAUUACGCUCAGAAAGAACUAGCCUACAGUAGCCUGGGUAGCCCACGCGCGGUGCAUGAACUUUUAACAGAACCAAAAAUCGUCGAAACUGCAGCAAAAUACAGCUGUUCAGUACCACAGUUCCUGUUGGCGUGGAGCAUUUCACAAGGAAUCAGUGUUUUGCCACGAACAAGCAAACGUGAACAUGUAAUUGAAAAUUUCAAAUCUCUAACAAUCAAAGUAAACGAUGAGGAUCUGCAGAGUGUUAUCAGUGAUACGCCGAGGAAGUACUGCUGGGAUCCAUCGACGGUAGCCUGAUC